CCUGGCAGUAGCUCUGCCUGGAAAGCCCUAAGGACUCACACGGAGAGAAUAAAAAGCAUGCGGCAGAAAAGUCCUGCGUGCAGGUGGCCUGGGGUUCCUCCUUCGCUGCCGAGUCGCAGCCUGAACUGAGAUCGCUCAGUGCAAGUGCCUGUCGGUUUCACAGGAGCAAUCUUUGGCAGUUUUCAGCUUCCUCUGGCGAAGAGCUCGCCCGAGGGGCCCAUGGAGAGUUACCGGAAUGCCACCGAGGUGCAGAUGACUCAGAUGGUGCAGCCCUGCCACACCAACCACCGCCGCGAGCUCAGCAUUGGGCAGCUCCUCAAAUGGAUCGACACGGCCGCCUGCCUCUCCGCCGAGAGGCAUGCUGGCUGCCCCUGCGUCACGGCUUCAGUGGAUGAUAUCUAUUUUGAGCACACAAUUAGACAGCUGCAUGUAAAGUCUCCUUGGUGCCUAUGUGGGAAGGACGAAGCCUGUGUUGGGCAAGUUGUCAACAUCAAAGCAAAAGUGAAUCGAGCAUUUAACUCUAGCAUGGAGGUUGGUGUACAGGUCAGCUAUGAAGACCUGUGCAAUGGGGAGCAGUGGAAUGUCUGCAAGGCCUAUGCAACUUUUGUGGCACAAGGCAAGCCGUCUGCUAAGAUCAAGUUAAAGCCUCUGGUUCCUCAAACUGAAGAGGAGAAGAUUGAGUACAGCGUUGCAGCUGAACGCCGCCGCAUGCGACUGGCCCACACAGAGACCAUCAAAGACCUUGUUACUAACAGCCCUGUCCAGUCCUGUACAGAAAUCCCCAGGCUCCUUUCAGAGUUUGAGAACAGAGAGUGUGGAAUGAUCGUACCUGCAGAAAAGACCAGAGUGGAAAGUGUGGAACUCAUCCUGCCCCCACAUGCCAACCACCAGGGGAACACAUUUGGAGGACAGAUCAUGGCCUGGAUGGAAAAUGUGGCCACAAUAGCGGCAAGCCGAUUGUGCCAUGCUCACCCCACCCUGAAGACGAUCGAAAUGUUCCAUUUCAGGGGACCAUCUCAGGUUGGGGACCGCCUCCUGUUCAAGGCCAUCGUCAACAAUGCAUUCAAGAACAGCAUGGAGGUUGGGGUGUGUGUAGAGGCUUAUCGACAUGAAAUGGAGGUCAGCCGAAGACACAUCAACAGUGCCUUCAUGACCUUUGUGGUCUUGAAUGAUGAGGGUCAGCCACGCACACUUCCAAUGCUGAAACCAGAGCCUGGGGAUGGAGAAAGACGGUUCAAAGAAGCUAGCGCUAGGAAAAAAAUCAGACUGGACAGAAAAUACGUCUUUUCCUGCAAGCAUACAGAAGUACCUUUGUCUGUUCCUUGGGAUCAAAGCAAUAAGGUUUACCUGAGUUACAACAAUGUUACUGCACUGAAGACAUUAGUAGCAAAGGCCAACUGGGUGCUUACAUCUGAAAGAGACAAGGUCAAGAUGUACACACUGGAAGAGGACAAAUUCCUCUCCAUCCGAAUAGAGAUGACCAUCUGCAUUGAUGCAAUGCAGGCCUUUCUGCUGCUCUCGGACUUGCGACACAGGCACGAAUGGGACAAUCAUUAUGCGAGUUCUGAACUUGUCCAACAAGUUGAUAAAGAGGAUGUGAUCUAUCAUGUUGUUAGCCAUACUAUGAGCGAGGAAAACAAGCCUCAGGACUUCGUCAUCCUUGUGUCACAAAGGAAGCCUUGCAGCAAAGGUGAUCCAUAUGUUGUAGCAUUCAGAUCAGUCACACUGCCAACACAUCCAGCAAAACCAGAGUAUACCCGCGGGGAGACCUUGUGUUCUGGCUUCUGUAUUUGGCAGGAAACAGAUGAGCUUACCAAGGUGUCAUAUUACCACCAGGCCACUUCAGGUGUUUUGGCCUACAUUACAACUAACAUUGCUGGCCUCUCUUCAAGCUUCCAUUCCACCUUUCAAGCAUGUGAACAGUUCCUCCAGAAAAACAAAAACAAUCUCUCGGUUGGGCUUCAGAAUCUUUAGUUCUACAGAAACCAGUCUUGUCAUCUUUGUCUGACAAUGAGCAUUGUUGCAAAUACUGAAAUGACGGCUCAAUGUAUGUGAUAAAAGGAGAGGAAAGAAACAGGUUUAUUCAAAUGCACAAAUUGCACAGCCCUCACUUGUGGAGGGAAGUCACUUUUAUUGGCUUAUGAUCAGAAUGAAGAUUUUUAUGCAGUAGGAUUUAGUGAUCAGUAAUUUAGCAAUCAUGUUUGCACUUCAAGAAGCAACUUGUUCUGAUCCGUCCUGGGUUUUACAUGUCCUUAAUUGCACCUGUGUUGGCUUCUGUUGAAGCCUUGUAUAUAUUUGAUUGGCAGAGAAAUGUGAUGUUGAGAAAAACUUGAAAAUGGACUGUUUCUUUCUGUGUCCAGAACACUAGGUGGGAGAACAGCUUUCAACUGAAAAUCAGUAGCUUAAAAAUGACUUUUCAUGUAAGGUGAAACGUUUUUAAAGUGCUUUUUAACCAAAGCUAUUAAGCUUCACAAGAAUUCAGAACAAAUUCAUUGCAACAAUUGUUCUUCAUUGGAAGAAUCUACAAACUAAUUUUUGAAUUGGUGGAGGGCAUUCUUAACUACCUACAGUGCACAUUGCACAAAAUCAGCACAAUAUUAAAUCAUGUCACAUGUUAUCUUUUCUUUUACCAUUAUUUAGUAUCAAUGUCUUUCUUGAAUGUUGGAGGUUUUUUAUCAUCAUUCUGAGCCUGAGGGAGAUUAGAUUAUUUUGCCCUGGAGGUGCUGUCCUUCUCAUGUAAAAAUCAUUCAAACUUGCCCUUCUGGUUCUUGGAAUGAAGGAGGAUGAAUAAUCUAUUCUUUGAUCCAUAAACUAAGUACCUCAUCUUCUGUUUUACUAGGUGGGUAUUUUUCUCUUACUCUUUUGUAGCAAAGUUUGCCAGUUCUGGUUUUGAAUCUUUUUGACAGAGCUAUGGGACUUUCUUGACAUUUCUCUCAAUAAAAGAAUAUUUAAAAAUUUAAAA